AUGCCCUUUGCCAAGGGGGUCAUGACUGAUGAGUUUAAGCUUUCCCCGGCGAUCGCAUUCGUAUGUAUGAAUGGUCCGGCGACUCGAAGUUUCGAACUGAGGAGUGUCCUUUCGAGUCAUAACAAAAAGGUUGCGCGUGUCUUCAGAUUGCACUGCUCGCUCCAUUCCGUAUUCUUCCUCGAUUUCUUCCGACCUUUCCAGAUUGAAGGUCACAUCGACUUGGAUCGUCGGAAGAGACACGAUAACGUCCAGGAACAAGAGGGAGAGACACAACCGAGCGUCUCGGGCGUCGUUUGCCCGAGGGAAGCCAGUUUGCGUGGACUCUGGGGAUGGCUGGACUUUACUUGUGCUCCGUCUGUUGGGCUUUUCGCCUUGGUACUUUCCAGUGUACUUCAUUGUGCCUGGUGGUGGUACUACUACUACUACUACUACUACUACUACUACCACUACUACUACUACUACUACUACUACUACUACUACUACUACUACUACUACUACUACUACUACUACUACUACUACUACUACUACUACUACUACUACUACUACUACUACUACUACUACUACUACUACUACUACUACUACUACUACUACUACUACUACCACUACUACUACCACUACUACUCCUACUCCUACUACUACUACUAUAGAGAUUCCUUUCUCCAGGCAAUUGGUGGACUUUGUUGGUCCGCAUUCGACUCGCCAUAUCUCAAUCUCUCUCCUUCUUUUCAGCACGGGUACUCGGGCAACCGGACGAUCGCACGGGACAAUCUAUCGAGCGCCGACUUCGCCAACGGUCGCUGGGUGAGAUAUGGGGGAAAUCACCAGAGCUGA